AUGCGGUGGCUGCUCAUUCUUCUACUUUUCUUGGCAAACUCAUGGCCAUAUCAACUUUAUUUGUUAGUGAAUGCUGAUAAUCUUUCAUCGUUUGGUAUUAAACGUUACAGUGUUAUUCGUGAAAUUCACGAUGAAACAAAAGCGAAUAUACAUCGACGCAAACGUUCGAUUAUAGAAAAUAAUCCUGAUCGUAUUCUUACGUUAGCAUUAGAUCAUAAAAAUAUAACUUUAGUUUUGAAAAAUACUAAUGACUUUUUUGCUUCUGAUGCUGACAUUCAUCUCGGUUUAUCUACUUUCCGUAGCAUAAACUCCUCUAUUCUUUUUGAUGGCUACGUUUUAGAUCAUCCUGAUACUUCGUAUGUGAGUGGUGGAUUCUAUUCGAAUUGGUUUGAUGGUACUAUUAAAAUGUCAAAUGAAACUUGGCAUAUUGAACCAACUCGUAAAUAUGGUCAAACUUUAGUUAACGCAGGCCCAUCGAUUAUUUACAAUGCGCUGGAUGUUGAUAUGACAAAGUAUAAUAGUAAUACUGCAUUUCGAUCUAAACGAGUUGUAAUUGAUGAAAAUGAUGAAUCAUCGUCCUUUUGUGGUCUUAAUAAGAAUGAAAAUCGAAAGAAAAUGAACAAGGAAACUAGACGAUCGAUACAAGAUGACUUUGUAGAGUUGGAUUUUAAAUCUCGAUAUACAAGAUCAAAAAGACAGACAACAGAUAAAAAUGAACGAGAACGUACUUGCUGUUACAUUUAUAUACGUGUCGAUCCAACAUUGUGGGAUGUUGUUUAUAAAAAUGAAGGUCUUAAUGAAAAAGAGCCAACUAUUCAUGCAAUUGUUACAUUUCUUUAUCGAACAGUAACGGCAGCAAAUGCGAUUUAUCGUUCAUUAAAAUUUGAAUCUAAUGGUGAUGUUCUACAUAGAUUUACAUUAAGAAUUAAACGAAUACGAAUUUUAACACCAGAUGAUUGUGGACACAAAAAUUUAAGUUUAAGCGAAACAAAUAUUUGUCGUUCAUUUCUCGAUUCGAAUGUUUUGUUAACAUGGCAUUCAGCUGAAGAUUUUUCUGAUUAUUGUCUAGCAUAUAUAUUUGCUGCACGAGACUUUGGUGAUGGAACAUUAGGUUUAGCGUGGAUGGGAAGUGUUGCAUCAAAUAGUCGUGGUGGUAUUUGCGAAAAAUCAUCAAAAGAUAUGUACGAAGGGCAACGUGUUACAAAAACACUGAAUACAGGAAUGAUUACUGUUAUCAAUCAUAACACACGUACGUCAUCGUUGAUGACAGAAUUAACAUUUGCUCAUGAAGUCGGACAUAAUCUAGGCGCCGAACAUGAUGAUGAAAAGUGUGGUGGUGAUACAACAUAUGGUCAUUAUAUAAUGUAUCGUCGAGCAACAACGGGUCUUGAAGAAAAUAAUAAUAAAUUUUCAAAUUGUAGCAUGGGCAAAAUGGGACCAGUUGUUAUUUCUGUUAAAAAUGAACUGGUCGGAAAAGUUAAUUGUCUAACUGGUAUACUUGACUAUUGUAUCGAUAAAGUCGUAAAUUUUAUUUUUACUUCAAUAGAAUGUUCACAGGUGGGCUAUUGUGGAAAUCGAAAUGUUGAAGAUAAUGAAGAAUGUGAUUGUGGUUUUAUAUCUGAAUGUACAGACGAUUGUUGUUAUCCAGCUGGUGGUCCUGAUGCCAAACUAGGUUGUAAAUUAAAACCAGGCGCUCGUUGCAGUCCAUCGAAAGGUCCAUGUUGUUCUGAUCAAUGUACUUUUCAUGCACCCUCACAUAUAUGCCAUAAAGACAAGGCCAGUCAAGAUUGCAUUGGAGAUGUUCGAUGCGAUGGUAUUCAAGCAACAUGUCCUCUGAAUGAUACACAAUUCUUUAAACCAAUUGAUGCAUUAUGUAAUCAAAACACACAAUUAUGUGACCGAGGGGAGUGUAAUAAAAGUAUAUGUACAUUAAUUAAUAAAACAGAAUGUGUUUUAACAAUACCAAAUGUUGAAGAUCCAUUACGGCAACGAGAUGUUGAUCGAGAAUAUCUAUGUCAUAUCGGAUGUUUUGAUACUCGAACAAAUUCAUGUAUUGAUACACUUGCUCUUCGUAUGCCGAAUAAUCAUAGUAUGACUGGAUUUGGUUAUAAACAUCGACCUGGACACGCUUGUGCUGGAACAGCUGGUUAUUGUGAUGUAUUUGGGAAAUGUCGUGCUGUUGAUGCAGAAGGUCCAUUGACUCGAUUGAAAAAUAUGCUACUUAAUGCAGAGAAUAUUCGUACAAUCACUCAACUUAUUCAGGAAUAUUGGUGGGCUUUUGUAUUGGGUUUAUUAAGUCUCAUUGGUUUCAUGAGUAUUUUUGUAAAAAUUUGUUCUGUUCAUACUCCAUCAUCAAAUCCACGUUUGAAACCAGCUCGAACUCUUUCGCUGAAGCGUGGUUGUCAUGGUCCUCGGCCACAUGCUAUGCAUAAUAAUCGACAGCCUGCUUCUUCAUCAGCAACUUCUGGGAGUGAGCUCACUUCUCUACAACAACAAUCCAAAGGACAACCUAAAGUUUUUGUACGUGGAUCUAACUCAACAGAUAAGCAACAGAUACGUAUACAGCAGAAUAAAAUAAAAUCCUCUCAUCUUUAG